GUUACACACAGGCCAGAAGGUAUCUGCAUAACUUAAGAGACAGUGAGUAUGUGUUGAAUCACUGUGUCGGUGCAUCUUUUGUUGUCAAUGGCAAGAAAUGGAUUUGCCUGUGACUGUGCCAUCUGUAGCAGACUUCAUGUUAAAGAAAUUGAUCAAGCCAUUCGUUUUGGGUUUUGAUCAGGACUCACCUAAAACAGUCGUAUGUACAAAUUUUCUCAAUAACUGUACUUUGACUUCGGACUUCCGUACCUAAUCAAUGUAAAAUGUGAUUAGAUGUGUUUGUGCUUUAUUUUAGAGAGGAGAUAUGUCAGGCAUUGAUGACAGAGUUCAGGCAGAAGGAGGCAUUGGUUAUUAUGAAUUUGAAAGAGUGAUCGGAAAGGGAAACUUCGCUGUUGUUAAGCUAGCUAACCAUACUAUCACCAAUGUCAAGGUUGCUGUAAAGACUAUAGAUAAAACACGGCUUGAUGUUGAAAACAGAAGAAAGGUUGCAAGGGAAGUUGAAAUCAUGAAACAGCUUGAUCAUCCAAAUAUAAUUCGGCUUUUCCAGGUCAUGGAGACGGCCCACCAUAUCUAUCUUGUUACUGAAUAUGCAAGCAAGGGUGAAAUAUUCGAGUACCUGAUUCACAAUGGACAUAUGAAUGAAGAUGAAGCUAGGAAGAAAUUUUCACAAAUUGUGAAAGCUGUUGAUUACUGCCAUCAACACAACAUUGUUCAUCGUGACCUAAAGGCUGAAAAUCUACUGUUGGAUUCUAAUGCAAAUGUCAAACUUGCAGAUUUUGGAUUUAGCAACUACUAUCAUGGACAUGAAAUGCUAAAGACGUGGUGUGGGAGUCCACCCUAUGCUGCCCCAGAGUUAUUUGAGGGAAAGGAGUAUUCUGGUCCACAAGCUGAUAUUUGGAGCCUUGGUGUUGUACUGUAUGUAAUGGUGAGUGGAGCCCUGCCAUUUGAUGGAGCCAAUCUGCAGCAGCUGAGAAGCAGAGUUCUUCUAGGUCGUUAUCGUGUUCCUUACUAUAUGUCAGAAGAAUGCGAAAAACUUAUUCGACGCAUGUUACAACUUGAGCCCGCUAAAAGGAUUCCUUUGAAUAAGGUGUUAGAGCACCGAUGGAUGCAAGGAAUGGAGCUCGAUCUGCAGCCUACUAGCAAAAUGAGAGUGUUUGGCUCAAACGAGCACAUUUUUUGGAAUAGUCAUGUUCUUGCUGCAAUACAGAAAAUGAACUAUGAUGUGGAUCGAUGCAAGCAAGCUGUCCAGUCUCGUUUGUAUGAUGACUACGCUGCACUGUAUUAUCUUCUAUUAAACAAGUGGGAACAUGGUCAAUUGCAAGUAUCUACCACUGUUCCUCCUACACCUCACCACAGACUGAGCCAUAGUGCAGCUGUUCCUGCACUUAAUGUGAAUCCUUCAGACUUUCCUACAGGUCAAUCUCAAGAUCAGUGGCAACAUAUGUCAGCUAGACAACCACCUGGUUCUGCAUCAUGGAAUGAGUAUCCAAAUGAUCCCAACCUGGUGCGCUACCUCAAGCUUGGUCGCCGCCACACUCUUGGUGCUGCACAAAAUCACAUGUUGAUACCUCCAAGUGACCUAGGCCACCUCCGUGAAGCCAGUGAAUGUUCAAGUCAAACUAGCAAUGACAUCAGCAUCAAUGUCAGUACUGCUAUUUCACCCCCUCAUGAGCCACUAAGCCUUCGUAGUGCACUUGGUGGUGAACAGGCAGAUGCUCACUCUUCGCAAUCUGGAAGCAGUCCAUUGUCAAGAGCCACUUUAAUGCAACCGCAAGUUAGAGCACGCAUGGGAAGGCGAGCUUCUGAUGGAGGCCCUUAUGCUGCUGUGUUCCGUCUCUACUUGGAGAAGCGGAUGCCUCAGCUGGCACAAAUUAACAGCCGAGGCUCCUUGUGUGAAAGUGCCACACAUAGCUCUACAAGCAGUGUAAAGCAGCUCUUGCAAGAAAAGAAAUCUCAGGAGACUCAAGUUGGAAAGCAAUCAACACAGUCAAAGGAGUGGCUUCAAUAUAAAGAUCAGAUUUUACAUCAUAAGCAGCUGUCUUCUACUUCAUGCAACCCUGCCACUGCAGAAUCCUUGGUUCCAAUCCAGCCAACACAAAAUUGCAAUACACCGAAUGGUAUGGAAGACCAUAUUUGUCGCAACAGCUUACGGGCUCAAGUUCAACCAUUCCAAACAUAUACCCCUCAGCAAAUACAAGAGCAAUUGCAGCAUCUUCACAUUCAACAACACAGCGAGGCUGAUACUGUACAAGUCGCUAAAUUGUUCGAGCAAUCUCACAUCACCCCAGCAACUAGGGAGCAACAAAGUGGGGUAGAGAUUAAGAGAGAGGUGCUUCCAGUGCAAGAUAGUGGUAAUUCAGUGUUGCACCACUUGCUCUUGCGUACUUCAACGCCUGCUGCACUGAGCAAUAGUGUACAAACAAAUCGAGUUGAUUACAACCGUAGUCAUCCAGAACAUGUUUUGAUGUCCCAGCAACAGCAGCGACAAAAGUCUGCUAUCACGCCAUUAGAUCUUUCAGCUAUGCUAAGCAAUGUUGCUUCUUAUACAAGUAAGGAUCUGCCGUCAUUCCCUGUGAACAUACAGGCUCACUCUCCAACCAAAGGAAUAGAAAGGCGUACCCCUGUGGAAGACUACCAGAUGGCAUCAAUUGCAGAAGUUACAAGGGAAAAAGUUGUUGGUGGGAUACCAGACCGUGUGGUAGUUGCCACCCACCCUGGGAUUUCACUUCAGUAUGCAUUAUCAAACGGGUCAGAGCAACAUAAUGAGAAAACAUAUCCUUGUUCUAAUUGGACUGGUGAGGUAUUUUCCAGUAAUGAUCACACGCAGAUUUUACAGCAUGGCGACUCCUGCAACCCAGUAACACUGCCUACCUCCACAUCACCCUCCCAUUCUAUCACAAACCAUAUUUUGAAUGUAUUAAACAGCAAUCAACUGCAGCAUUAUCAGACUAGCAGUGGAAUUGUUGUAGAACAUGAAAGGGUAAAGUUUUUGAUAGUUUGCAACGUACCACAUCUUAACACUAUUCAUAUGCAAUUUAUUGCUGGAGAUCCAAUGCAGUAUCAAACGCUCAGUUCACACCUGGCCACCCAGCUUCAAUUCAUUCAAUAGUAUGUUGCCUUGUAUUGCUUAAAGAUGUUUUUAUUCAUAUACAUAUUUUUCAUGCAAUGUAUUUUGAGGUGCUUCAAAAUCAAUUUUACAUCUUUCCACCACUUAAACUGAAGGGGAAUCUUGGUUUAUUAGGGUUAGAGGAGGUAGCACACGAUAAACAUUUCGCGCAUGCGGCAAUCAAGUAUCACAGAUACAAGA